CAAUGUCUCUGGGAGGACCAGCAGUAUUGACAGAUUUUGGCUGGGUAGAAGUAAACUCAACGUAGACGAUGAAGUUCGACGAUAUUUUCAAGGAAAUAGGCGAGUUUGGUCCGUACCAGAGGCGGAACUACCUGCUCCUGGUAGUGGGCUGGGUCCUGACUGGUCCAAUAAUGGUCCUCUCCGUGUUCGUGAUGGGAUCUCCGGAUCACAGAUGUCAGAUCCCCGGUCUGUAUAACGAUUCGUAUGUAGUUCAAGGAAAACAGCACACGGAUCUCAUUCACAAAUAUAUUCCUCUGGACAGUGAUGGGGAAUAUGACAAAUGCUACCUGUAUAACAUCGACCGAUCAAAAACAGUGUUUGACAACGAAAGCCGACCAAUCAAUGCAUCUAAAAUAAAAUGUUUUGCUUGGGUUUAUGACAAAACUUUAUUUCAAGAUACAUUUGUGACGAAGGAAAAUCUAGUGUGUGACAACAAAUACAGAAUCUCACUGUCCAAGACCAUCUACUUUGCGGGUGUAUUGACCGGUUCCUUUCUCUUUGGAAUGGUUUCUGAUUUGAUUGGACGUAAGAAGACUCUGUUCAUUGGUAUUGUCUUUGAGCUGGCAUCCACACUGGCCUUGGCGUGGUCGUACAAUUACCUGACGUACGUCAUAUUACGGUUCUGUACCGGGGCGGCCUGUGUUGGAGUCUUCAUGACAACUUACGUGCUUGCCAUGGAAUGGGUCGGUCCGUCGACAAGGACUUACGCAGGCCUGAUCAUAGCUUUCUUUGGACCCGUGGGAGAACUCUACUUGGAGCUUAUCGCUUACCUGACUAGGGAAUGGUUUUGGAUUGUAAUCGGAGUAGCGGUUCCAUUUGUGCUGGUUUUUAUUUUAUAUUGUUUUCUUCCCGAAUCUCCUCGUUGGCUAUAUAGUACAGGCAAAAAGGAAGAAGCGAGCAAACUUUUAGAGAAAGCUGCAAAAUACAACGGAAAAGAUAUUUCUUCAAAGCUCUUCGAUGAUAUAGAUAUAGGGAAAAAAGAGGCCGGGAAAAUAUGGCUGCUGUUUUCCGAUCGUCGCCUAGGAGUCAGAACUGUCAUCAUUUUUUAUAAUUGGAUGGUGGCCAGUAUGGUAUUUUACGGUCUCUCCCUCAACACGGGGAUUUUGUACGGGGACUACUACAUCAACUUUCUGAUCAUUGUGCUGGUGGAGUUCCCUGGACACAUUCUUCCUCUUUUUAUGAUUGACAGAAUCGGCAGAAAAAGAAGCCAUUUUAUUUACAUGGGAGUGGGCGGCAUAGCUUGCCUCAGUACAAUAUUUACAGUUAAUUUUGGCGGAGAGGACCUGCAGUAUAUAACUACAGCUUUAGCCAUGCUGGGGAAACUGUUUGCUACUGCGGCCUUUGCCACUAUCUAUGUGCUGUCUGCCGAGCUGUUCCCUACUGCUAUCAGAAACAUUGGGAUGGGCUCCAGCUCCUGCUGGGCUCGCGUGGGUGGAAUGAUCUCUCCCUUCAUUGCUGACACGGCUGAUUUGGUGGGAGGAACAUCAGGGACAGCUAUACCUCUGUCCAUAUUUGGAGGAGCUUGUCUCCUUGCCGCCGGGCUAACACUGAUUCUUCCUGAAACGCUUCACCAGAUGCUACCAGAAACAAUUGAGGAUGGAAAGAAUUUCACAACGAAAGAGUAUAAAGAGAAAUCUAAGAAGUAUCUUCAAGGAACCCAGGGAAUUAUUGUCACUCAGUUUUGAUAGAAAA